CUUCUCAAAUUAAUAAUGGCAUUGAUGUUUCAGCGUUAUAACCGUUUUCCGUGUCUAUGUCAAUGCUUUGUAGCUCUUCAUAAUUUUUACCUUAAUUGUAACUCUUUAAACAUUUGAGUCCACAUAUUUGUUUAUAUACCUAACUCUGUCUUUUUUGUGACAUAAUAUAAUUCUUGCUUCUUCUACUCAUUCAAGAAGCAUGGGAACCAUUGAUACAACCAAGCCUAACUUUGAUUCUAUAUUGAGUGAGCGCAUAGCAUUUGAUGAAACAAAAGCAGGUGUAAAAGGACUUGUUGAUGCAGGAGUUAAGAAGAUACCAACCUUAUUCCAUCAUCAACCAGACAAAUAUGAGGAAGCCAACAACACAAGCCAUGUUAUUCCUGUCAUAGACCUUAAAGAUAUUGAUAAUCAAGACCCUAGUAUUCAUCAAGGAAUUGUCGACAAUAUCAAGGAAGCAUGUGAAACUUGGGGUUUUUUUCAGGUUGUUAAUCAUGGAAUCCCUUUGAGUGUUCUUGAGGAGUUGAAAGAUGGGGUGAAAAGGUUUUAUGAACAGGCUACAGAAGCCAAAAAAAGUUUGUAUACAAGAGAUAUGAAUAGAUCCUUUGUUUAUAAUAGUAAUUUUGAUAUUUAUAGCUCUCCGGCACUCAAUUGGAGGGAUAGUUUUGCGUGUUACUUGGCUCCUGAUACUCCCAAACCAGAAGAUUUUCCCGCAGUGUGCAGAGAUGUAAUACUAGAAUAUGGGAAACAGGUGAUGAAUCUAGGAACUUUACUAUUUGAAUUGAUGUCAGAAGCUUUAGGACUGAAUCCAAACCAUCUAAAAGAUAUGGGUUGUGCUGAAGGGCUAAUUGCUCUUUGCCAUUAUUAUCCUCCUUGUCCUGAACCAGAAUUGACUGUCGGAACAACAAAGCAUUCUGAUAAUGAUUUCCUCACAGUGCUUCUUCAAGACCAUAUUGGUGGCCUCCAAGUUCUUUAUGAAGAUAAAUGGAUUGAUAUAACACCUGUAUCUGGAGCUCUCAUAGUUAAUGUUGGUGAUCUUUUGCAGCUUAUUACAAAUGACAAAUUCAAGAGUGUUGUACAUAGAGUACUUGCAAAUCAAGUUGGUCCAAGAAUAUCCGUUGCAUGCUUUUUCUCCACAGCACUUAAAGCAUCUUCAAAGCUCUAUGGACCUAUGAAGGAACUGCUAUCAGAAGACAAUCCUCCCAAAUACAGAGAAACUUCUGUUGCUGAUUAUGUAGCCUACUUUCGAGCAAAAGGACUAGAUGGUACUUCUGCUCUUACACAUUACAAGAUUUGAACUAAGCAAUGUGGCAGAAAAAAUAUUAGCUCAUAAAUAAUUGACAGAUCUUUGUGAGUUGGUAUCAUCUUUGUAAUUGUGAUAUGAACUCAUAAAUAUGAUGUGUUUUUUUUUCUUCAUGCAAUAGAUGAAUUACAAGGUAUAAACAUUCACUUAUUGAACACAGAUAUUUUAUUUAUCA